CUCCUCUGCUCGACUGCUCCCUUCUAAUUCUAAACACCAGCCAUCAUAACCGGAGAAAUCCUCUCCGGAAAAGGAGUACAGCAGCGAUUCCGGCGCCAUCAUACUCUUCCAAAGUUCUUGCCUUUUUCCUCUUCUUUCCUUUUCCCGACCAGAAUAACUCAGGCUGGAGUGGACUCCAGCUUCCUUUCCCCCCCACAUGUAUUCCCUCCGUCGUCUUCCACCCAUCGCCCUCCUCCUCCUCCUCUUCGCCGGGGGCGUGGCAGCGCAACCGAACACGACGACCCAGGGGUACGCACCGACGACACCGCCAUCGCUAAACAACUUCCAGCCAAGCUUGGCAGUGGUAAUCGGAAUCCUAUGCAUAAUGUUCGCCAUCACGUUCGUCCUCCUACUCUACGCCAAGUUCUGCCACAACGGCUCCUCCGCCGCCGAGCUGCUCCGCCAGCAGGGCCUAACCCGCUCCGCUUCCCGAUUCUCCGGGAUCGACAAGACGGUCAUUGAAUCCCUCCCCUUCUUCCGAUUCUCCUCCCUCCGCGGCGACAGGGACGGCCUCGAGUGCGCCGUCUGCAUAUCCAAAUUCGAGGACGUCGAGAUCCUCCGGCUGCUGCCGCAGUGCAAGCACGCCUUCCACAUCAAUUGCAUCGACCUGUGGCUGGAGAAGCACUCCAGCUGCCCGAUCUGCCGAUCGAGAGUCAACGCCGAGGACCCCUCCGUGUUCGCGUACUCCAAUAGCACGCGGAUGAUGUGGAGCCAGUCGGCGGAGCGGCGGCCGGAGGAUUUGGAGGCAGGGGAGGUGGAGGCAGAGCACCGGGGAAUUUCGGCGGCGGAUGACGAAUUGGGGCUUUUUGUUCAGAGGGAGGAGAGCGGGAGGCGGUCAUCGUCGAGAUUCAGCAUUGGGGGAAGUUUUCGAAAGGCAGGGAGUAAAAGCGGCCGGAAAGAAGACCGAACUCCGAUUCUGGAAGAAACAGGGGACGGCGAAAAUGGCGGUAGGGGGGAAAUUCAAAUUGGGUACCAUAAGUUCAAUCACAGGAUCAUAGUCUCCGAUUUCGCUUUCAAGAACCGAUGGAGCAGCGUCGGAUCAUCGGACCUGAUGUUUCUCAGCUCCGAGAUGCUUAAUGACGCCGCCGGCGAGAGAUUCUCGUCUCUGGAUAAAUCGAGCGGGACCCAACCGGCGGAAUCGAGCAACGGGAAUAAUAACUACUUGCCGGCAGAUGCUAAUGCUGUCAAUUACUCGAGGGGGGUUGUUGGCUCGCCGGCGGACAGGCGAGCGGUGUCGGAGCUGACGGGGGUUUCAAGAUUCAGGAGCUUUGGUGUGGAUUCCGGUGAGGGGCCGGUGCCGGCGGAGGAGAGGCAGAGGCGGGUGUGGAUUCCGAUCGUGAGGAGAACGGCGGAGUGGUUCGCCAACAGGGAGAAGCGGAAGACGGCGGCGGAGACAUUAGAUGUGUAGACAGUCAACGGUUUCCUUUUCUUUCUGAUUUUGCUGUUAAUUUCAAAAUUUACCCUAAUUUUCUUGAAUAGUCAUACACGUUAUAUUCAACAAUAAGAUAAUCCCGUACUUACAGCAAGCACGUUAAUUCGAAUUGACUCGGACAUGAGAUUUGAUCUUUGGAGACUUGGUUCAAUUUAAUUAACGUUGUUGUCAUAGUUUUUGUAAGUACAUGUUUUGCACCGUUGCCUAAUCGUUGUAUCACUUUGGAUAGAGUAUGUAUUUUGGAGUCAAUUUUCAGCCCAAAGAAGAUGAUGUGUCUCUAUCAAUGUAAGUUGUUAACUAUUUAUGACGGUAUGACCAAAAAGUUUGAGAGUGCCCAUGCAACUUUUCCCCCUUACUUAUCUCAAUCUAUUUGUUUGUUAGUGAGCUAUAUUGAGAGUUUUUGUUACAUCAAUUAAUUUGGAUGCAUAUUGGUUAUUCUACUAGUUUAUUAGUUGCACAAAAUCAUCAAAAUCCAAUAUUUCAAGGCAAGACGGAGAUCACUGAUUUGGAUAAGGGAUCACCUUAGACCGGAACUGGCUCGUUUCAUCAUACAUGUUUAUCUCUGAGAAAGGAAGAGUAUCUUGGUAAUCGUAUUCUCUUCGAGUGGAUCACAUCUCAACUCAAACGAUUAUGUUCAUCACAUGUCAGGUCAUGUUGCAACUGGUGGUUUAAUCGGAGAUUAUAUAUAAAACGUUGCUUAGCAGCAUUGACAAUCAGCCCGAGGGGCAUUCUCCAUCACCCUAGCCUAUUUGAAUGUUGAGAGGAGCUAUAUAUAAUAUGGAAGGGCUCAAGGUGGCGUGUGGCGCUGGAUACUGACGUGUGUGUGCAGAGGGAUUAAGCUGGAUUCACGUCGCGCGCGCAGCUGGGAUGUUCCAAAGCACAAAUUAGCGCCAGCAGCAACAUGCAACAAUGAUAUAUAUAUAUUUUCCACGAGCUAGCCGAUAGAGAUUGGAAAUGUUGUUGUCCCCCUAUAUUUACAAAGAGGAUAACAAGUGUGCAAAUUUAUAAUGAACCAAUGUCAACUUACUGUCUAUUGAGCGUCCUCGUAUUUCUCCAACUUUCUCAUAUAGAGGCAAAGUCGUAAUAAUUGAAUCACGAUCUCUCUUAACGGUAAGUUAUAUUAUCGCGUGACGUGAUAUUGUGCUCAAUUGCUAUCCAAACAAAUUUUGGUAGACGUCACCCUUUCACCAUAUAUGUAUUUUAUAUAGCUAGUCAAGUCUGGAACAACAAAGAAGAAGAAGCACAUCAAAGAAGGCAAAGUAUACCUUCUCCACCUCCCAAGUAUUUAUAUUUACAUUAGAUGUGCCUUUCUUGUCUGCAGCCAAAGAGACGACGCCAUGGUUCGUGAACACAUCAGCUAACUAAAGCUCUAUAUGUGAUUUGUUCUUUGUCUGUUUCCUUUGCCUCCUCUCAUUAGUUUAUGUUAUCACGAUAGUGAUCCUAUGUUGGAUAGAUUGGAAAAAAAAAUCAUAUUAUAAGAAAACGUUAAGCCAUAUUAUAUACCCGUCUCGUACCCAGUUAAUGCAGGAUUUCUCGCGUUGAUUGGGUUAGGGGCGGUCGGAUAUUCGCGACCAUAGAUUUGAUUGCCAUCUCUAAGCACGAUUUGUCCGUUUUUGUAUCAUGUCAUGCUUGGUUGUGCUCGUACCAUGCUCAUUAUAUUCAUUGUGAAUGAAAAGGAUGAAAAUAAAUAUGUGAAUGAAAAAGAAGGAAAAAAUCGGGUGGAGAAUGAAAGUAUUAAUUGAUCAAGUUUGAAAAAAUAACAAAUAUGAGGAAGAAGGUGAAUAAAGACUUGAUCUAGUG